CGCAAAGUCGCCGUGACGUCACCACAGCCAAGUCAAGGAAGGGGAUUCUUUUCUACAUACUGAAAGUAAUCACAUCCACAUUGGAAGUGGUCCAGGAGUCUGUCACUGUUGACCAAGUAGACAACAGACGAGAGGUGGUCAUCUAUUGCUGACCUCUGUGUGGGCACUGGUCAUUCACAAGGCAGUAAAGAGGGGAAAAAGAACCAGAGUUUUAACCAUCUUCCACCACCUGCAGACUCCGCCAUUUCAAAUCCAGUUCCCAGUCAGAAAAAUAUUGCUAAGAAAGAUUUACCUCAGUCAUAAGCUCACUUAGAGAGGAUAGAAGUUUGUGGCAGGGAAAGAGAGAAAGAAAAAAAGAAGAAAUCAACUCUGCAAGCAGACAGAUCUCUGAACCAGGAAGUCUAGCAGCCAGUGUCGAGUUUCUUCUGGGAGAAUGCAGCAGUUUUAGAAUCAAAAGAAAGCUUUCCUCAAAGUCUCUGGCAAUCUUUUCUCCCUUUCUCUUGCUUUCUCCGAAGUGACCCAGUGAAACCAUUUUGCUAGGACUGAAGGGAAACAAACUAAAGAUGCCACUGUUUGGGAAAUCACAGAAAACACCGCAGGAGAUGGUGAAGAAUUUAAAGGAGGCUAUUUCACAGAUUAGUAGGGAGGAUAAGAAAGGAGAGAAGGCUUCAGACGAUGUAUCAAAGAAUCUAGUGUUAAUGAAGACGCUGCUGUAUGGAGCAGGUGACCAGGAGCCUCAGUCUGAGCAAGUGGCGCAACUGGCGCAGGAAAUCUACAACAGCAAGCUGCUGCUACUUCUGAUACAGAGUCUACAUAGGAUUGAUUUUGAGGGCAAGAAAGAUGUAGCUCAGAUCUUCAACAACGUUCUACGCCGCCAGAUCGCCACUCGCUCGCCAACUGUGGAGCACAUUUGUACCCAGCCAGAGAUUCUCUUCACGCUCAUGAAAGGCUAUGAGCAGCAGGAGAUAGCGCUGAACUGUGGUAUGAUGCUGAGAGAAUGUUGUCGUUACGAGGCCCUCGCCAAGAUCAUGCUGUACUCUGAGGAGUUCUACAACUUUUUCCGCUACGUUGAAGUCUCUACGUUUGACAUCGCUUCGGAUGCCUUUUCUACAUUUAAGGAGCUGUUGACCAGGCACAAGAUUCUGUGUGCGGAGUUCCUGGAGGCCAACUAUGGCCGUGUAUUUGACCAGUACCAGGCCUUACUGAACUCUGAGAAUUAUGUCACCAGGAGACAGGCGCUCAAGCUGCUUGGUGAGCUCCUGUUGGACCGACAUAAUUUCACCACCAUGACACGCUACAUCAGCAACCCAGACAACCUCAAGCUCAUGAUGAACAUGCUGCGAGAGAAGAGCAGGAACAUCCAGUUUGAGGCUUUUCAUGUUUUCAAGGUUUUUGUGGCCAAUCCAAACAAGCCAAAGCCAAUUCUGGAUAUCCUGCUCAGAAACAAGGAAAAAUUAGUGGACUUUCUAACAAAGUUUCAUACUGACCGCUCGGAAGAUGAACAAUUCAAUGAUGAAAAGGCUUAUCUUAUAAAACAAAUCAAAGAACUCAAAGCUCCUGACGAGCACUAAUAUUUAGCAAGGAAUAGCUGUUAAACUAUGUUACUACAUUUUUUAUUUUAAUCGUACUAAUUAUACAAUUAUCUUAGACUAUUCUUAUAGACAUGAAACUAGUAGAACAGUCAGUAGGAUGUUGAUCUGUUUUUGUCAGAUUUUUUUUCGACAGCUUGUGUCUAACAGAAAAGUAGGGGGGGGGGCAGCGAGUUUGCUAUGCAGUACGUUUUUGUCAGUUAACUCUGCAGCUUUCAUUCUCAAAUGGACAAGAUUAUUAAAAAUAAGCAUUCAUGAACCGUUUUGUUGUAUUCGAGAGUUGCAUUGCUUUUUGAACAUUCAUGAAGACCAGAGUUACAGCAAAGAAUUUUCUAGUGAAGAAGAGGAUUGAAAUGGAGAAAGGAAUAUACUGGGUAGACUGGGCAGUUGUAUGGUGGAAUUUACAUUAGGUCUCUACUGUUAUCUGUUUGCAAAGAAUUUGCUAGUUUUCUUGGAGGAUAUUUGGCUUUACUUAUAAUACGUCUACUUCUGUGAGCCUUUAUCUCAAAACAGGAACACGAAUCAGUUUUAUAAAUGGACUUGAACUGAGGAUUUCUCUUAACUCUAUGACUGAAAAAAGUAUUUUAAAUAAGAUAGAUGAGCUGUAGUCCACUUGGGUUUGACUUUUGGGCCUAUUUUACAGAAAAAAAAGAAACAAAUAAUGUUUUAUACUGAUUAUCGCUCUUCUUCAAUGGACUUCUGUAAAUAGAACUUGGAUUGAGGGGGAGAGGCAGAACAAAUGUUUUGGACUUUCACUUCAGACCAACUUGGAAUUGUUCUCUUAUGAAGCAGGGGUCACUGCAAUGGACUUAAUUGCAGGAUUCUGCACAAAGGUUUCUCAGUUAACAGAUCUAACAGAGAGAAUAAAAAUUUGACUUUGGCAAGGAGGGAAAAUACUUCUGAUUAUUACUCUGAUUAAUUCAACUUAAUCUGAAAAAAGUUAUAAUUCCUCAAACAGUGUUUCAACAUCAGUAUGUGAAAAAAUGCUGCAGCCUAAAGAAAUGAUAUUUUGAGUAACAUAUUGGUACAUGUAUUUCACCAGUAUAUUGUGAGUAUUAAAUGGAUUACCACUGAAAUAAUGAAAAGAUAAUGAUAAGAGAGGAAUUUGAAAUAAAUGAGUAGUUACUUUA